AAGUGUGUCCAGUAUUUUUGUUGAAACCAUCUGGCAACCCUAGAGGGGAGAGUGCCGGAUUAUCUCAGGGGCCCUGGCCAAUUUGAGGCCCCCACAAAAAUCUCCCUUUGCCUAGGAAUGGGGGCACUGAUUUUCUGGUCUGGGGCAACAGCAGAGAGGGGAGGGAAAAAAUGAGUCAACAGGGUGUGGGGCCUAGGGAGAAAGAGGCAGAGUGGGGGUGGGCAGAAGUUGCAGAAAAGGGAGGAGUUUGGCACUUCACUGCUGUAGUCUCAAACUGUGGGAGAGGGACUAUAGUCUCAGAGCAUUGGAGAGGAUCAAGAAUGCUACUGUAGGUCCCAGUCCAGGCUGAGAGCUUGACCUGGCUGAGGUUGACCUCUUUGUCCCAUUCCCUGGAGGGGCAGCUAAGCGGGGUGGAGACUAGCCUCCCCAAAGGAAAUCUUCACCCACUUGAGCUUGACAACACUGCAUACUGAAAAAUAUUUCCAUCACUUACCAUCAAAAUCUACAGAUAGACAAAAACGCUCUUCUUUGGGAAAUGAAGAAUGGAAUCCUUGGGAAGGAGAUGAAAAAAAUGAGCAGAUUGCUUCACAGCAGAGAUAUGAAACUAACCUUCAACUGUUAAAACAUAUGAAAUCCCAGCAAGAACAAAUAGACCUCAGAGUACAGAUCUGGGGUAAAGCAGCCAUUGGUCUUUAUCUCUGGCAACAUAUUCUUGAAGGUCUGAUUGAACCUGCUGCUGUGACUGCUCAGUGGAGAGAAGGAAAUAUAAAGGGAGGGAAAACGCAUUUCAGUUUCAUCACUGGUCCAGCCGUAGUCCCUGGAUACUUUUCAGUAGAAGCUGAUAAUGUGGUUCUCAUUCUGAAUGGAAGAGAGGAUGCAAAGAUCACUUAUGCCACUCAGUGGUUACAUUAUGCACAAACUUUAAUACAAACUCACAAGCUGCGGCAUAUUGCAGUUGUGCUGCUUGGAAGUGAGCAGUGUAACAAUGAAUGGAUUCACCCCUACAUGAAAAGACACGGGGGAUUUGUGGAACUACUUUUUAUAGUAUAUGACAGUACCUGGGUAAAUGAAGAAGAUAUUUUCCAGUGGCCUUUAGGAGUAGCUACAUAUAGGAAUUUCCCCAUGGUAGAGCCCAACUGGUCAAUGCUACGUUCUCCAAGAUCAUAUCUAUGUAAUUUUUUAGGAACUGUGUAUAAGAAUUCAUCUAGGGAGAAGUUAAUGGAAGUUUUGAAACAAGACGGGCUUGAUAAACUCUGUUGGAUUGCAGCCAGAGAACAGUGGCAGCCUCAAGAAACAAAUGAAAGUUUUAGAAUCUAUCAAGAUGCAUUGCUACAGAGUGAUCUCACAUUGUGCCCAGUGGGAGUAAAUACAGAAUGCUAUAGAAUUUAUGAAGCUUGUUCAUAUGGCUCUGUUCCUGUUGUAGAAGAUGUAAUGACACCAGGCAAGUGUGGAAACUCAUCUAUAUACCAUAGAGCUCCACUGCAAUUACUAAAGACUAUGGGGGCUCCAUUUAUCUUUGUAAAAAACUGGGAAGAACUUCCUGCUAUUUUAGAAAAAGAGAAAAAUAGGAGUUUACAAGAAAAGAUUCAAAGGAGAAAAAAACUUAUAGAAUGGUACCGACACUUCAAAGCACAAAUGAGACACAAAUUCAUUAAUAUAUUGGAAAAUUCAUUUUUACCAAAUGAUCAAGGAGGGUAAUUGCCCUCUAUGAAAAUAAAAAAUCAAUCAAAAGUUUAAUUUUUACUGACAUUUCAAGUAAGCUUUUAUAUAAAAAUAAAAAAUAAAUGAACCAAUUCCAGUGCAGGUCUAAUUUCUUUGAAGCUAGUAGAGUUGCAUCCUCUUAUCCGAGAGCUGAGUUUCAUCCUUCUUUCCUAAACUAAGAGAAUAUGCAAUCUUACAGAAUAGUAGUCUGGAUGGAUGAUAUUUAUUAUGAUUAUGUACAAUUAUCUCUCAUUCUUAGCAAGUCAGUACUUCCAUGUCUUAAUCUAGAUUCUCGAGCAUUUCAGCGAAUACAUUACCCAAAAAAAGUUUCCCAAAAAACAUAAUAAAAGGUGGCUCCACUACACAGAUAUUAUAUCUCCAGCAUUCUCUUUCCUGAAAUUUCUCCUGCUACCAUUUCCUUAUUUUAAAAUAUAAUUUUAUUAUAGAGUUCAUGAACUGAGAAAUAAGAGAACAGUUAUGGUCAACUGGGCCUUGAAUGACAGAAUGUUUAACAAUAUUAAAAUAAAGUCUUUAAACUCUUGCAGAUAACAAGACCUCUUCUUCUUUCUCCCACUUUUGGUAGAUGAAAUGAAGCCAUUUAAUAAUUUGGACUGCUCCCAUUUUUCUGUUGUCUUAGGAAGAGAUGCUAAUUAUGAAAAAAAUGGUUUUCUGUUCAGUUACCAAAAGAACUUUUCUUUCAAGAACUGGCAACUGAUAGAUGGAGUAUUCCUUGCUACCCUACUCAUCCUCACCAGUGACCACUUUCUUAACUAGCUUGCUACCAUAUACUAAAAGUUUCUUAGACAAUCCUAGAAUAAAUGGUAUCAUUAAAUCUUUUUCAUCCAAAAUUCUUCUUUAAAGGAACAUUGUCAUAUUUUACGUGUGUAUUUAAACUCCUUACCCAAGCCCAUUCUAUCAAAAAGUAACAGUUUACUUUUCACUGGAAAUUUUUCCCUUUAAUGUUUUAGUAGUUGUGUAUGAUGUUGUCUGAGGAUUAGGAUGUAAGGAUGCAUUUGGACAAUGUUUUUAACAAAAACAGAGAUCCACUUGUUCAGAUAAAGUUAUAAAUACAAUCAUGCUUCUAUAGUGAAGCUUUGAGGCCAGUAAUUCAGAAAGAUUUAAAAAGGGAUUAGGAGAAAAAUGUUCAAAUGUGCCAAAGUGAUCUAGGAGGCAAUGUGCAGUGUUCCGUACUCUCAUCUGUUCCCCCAUGCAAGGAUCUGCAGGGUUUCCUCCACAGAUCUAGGCACAGGGGGUGGCAGGAUGGGGAUGAAGAUGUGGCACAUUGUCUACCCAGGGUCAUGCAGUAGAUCUAGGAAUGUAAGAUCCCCUCCAAUUGGAGAUCUCUGGAUCACUAUCUGAUCCAAUGAAAAUGGACAACAUUAAUCUGUCCUUAUAGUUAGAGCCCUACCAAAUUCACAGCCAAGAAAAACAUGUUGUAGACUGUGAAAUCUGGUCCUUCCCCUGAAAUCUGUUUUAUUGUGUGUUUUUAUCCUGCACUACACAGAUUUCACAGAGGAGACCAGUAUUUCUCAAACUGGGAGUCCUGACUCAAAAGGGAGAUGCGUGGGAGGAGGUUGUACAGUUUAUUUUAGGAAGGUUAAGGUAUUGACACCCUUACUUCUGUGCUGCCUUGAGAAUUGGGUGGCCAUUGGGUGGCAGUUGCUGCCUGAGGGCCCAUCUCUGCAGACAGCAGCACAGAACUAAGGAUGGUUAUACCACGGGAGACUUACUUCUGGGCUGCUGACAGUGACUUUGCCUUCAGACUGGGGCUCCCAGUCAGCAGCAGCUGCUCUCCAGUUGCCUAAGGCACUAAGGCAGUGCCACUACCAGCACAGUGCAGAAAUAAGAGUAAUGGUACUGAUAACCCCUGUGACAGGCUGAAGGCAGUACGCUGCAGGAGUUUGGUGGAGGGCAGGCACACUGGUAGUUGGGUGAGUGGGUUCCUGUUUCCUAUAAAGGCUGCCAGAGAUGGCUGCUCAGCAAUUAAGACAGGCAGACACCUGUGACUCAUUAAGAGCUGGCCUGCAGCAGCAGAUUAAUUGGACACCUGCAGCCAGUUAGGGCUGCUGGUCCACUAUAAAAGGUUCCCCCCCCCCCCCCCUCUGGUAAAGAGGGGGAAGGAGAGACGUGACAGAUGGGAGAGGAGGAAGUACAGUGUGAAGGUGAACUGAAUGCUACAACCUGCAGAAGUUCUCACCUAGUGUGUCAGGAGAUGGUACUGUGCGAGUGGUUGGGAAUGUGUCCCAGGGAGAGCCUACUAUUCUGGCCACUACCUAGAGCCUUGGGCUGAAACCUGGCUGAAAACCAGGACUGCCCAUCUCACACCCAGUGGGCCACCACUGGGGAAAAUGGGACUUCUGGAACCACAAAAGGAUUUUCCUCCUUCAAGCUAGUGACUUGUCUAUGAUGAAAAUGGAUCAUUAAGCGGGGAGCCCUCAUCACUCCCAGAGAUAAGAGGCAGUGGGUGGGUCACUAUGAGCCUCUGAGGUAUACUAAAAAUCCACUAGGAAGUGCAGGGGUACAAUUAGAGCUUUGCCACACCCCCACAUGAUAGCCUUGUAACUCCUCACUAUUUUUUGGGUCAUAACUCCUAAAAUGAUAACACCGUGAAAAUUCCAAUUUAAAUAGCUGAAAUCAUGAAAUUUAUUAUUUUUAACAUCCCAUGACUGUGAAGUUGAAUAAAAUAGAAUUUGGUUGGGCCCUACUUAUAGUAUGUCAUUUGCCCAAUGAAACUGAUGAAGACUUGAAGUGUCAUAACAUUGUAACUUAACCUUUCUUUAAAAAAUAGAGACGUUUAAUUGAGGAAGAGGAGAGCAUAUUAGAUUUCCAAAGGAAAAGUAGUAGAUGGUGGUUCUUGACUCACUAAGUAUAUUUUUAAAUGAAAAAGAUUGAGUAUGUGAACUUGUUUUAUUCAACAUUGUGGCACCAUCAUUUUAUUAAGAUAAAAGGAACUGGAAGUGAAAUGGUAUGAAGUAACUUUAUUGUGAAUAUAUAUAAAUAAUCUAUGACCAAUGCAACAUAACCAGGCUUUGGUUAUUAGUGGUUAACAUGGUGGAUGAGUUUUGAAAAAUGCAAACUUUCGCUUGAUUGCUUUGUUUAUUACCAAGAAAAUUGCUCUAAAACUCAUUAAACAUGUAUAAAAAUAGUGUAAUUAUAGUUGUGUAGAACUUCUGAUCCAUGACUUACACAACAACUAGUCCUGUGGCACCUUAUAGACUAACAGAUUUGUUGGAGCAUAACCUUUUAUGGGCAAAGACCCACUUCGUCAGAUGCAUGUCAGAAGUGGGUCUUUACCCACGAAAGCUUAUGCUCCAAUAAAUCUGUUAGUCUAUAAGGUGCCAUAGGAUUUUUCGUUGUUUUUGCAGAUUCAGGCUAACACGUCUAGCCCUCUGAUGACUUACACAGGCACUUCAGGGGAAAAAAACCCUAUAUUUGGGGUCAGAUUUUCCCUCCUCCAUUUGAAAUAAUUUUCCCUUUCAUUUAAUAUUGGGGCUUAACUUUGAGGGACUGAUCAUUUGUAGCUCUCACUGAUUUCAGCUGAAGUUGUAAAUUUUUAACACCUAAAUAUCUAGCCAUAAGCAUGCAUCUUCAUGUAGCAUUUUUGAACAGUCUCAAAAUCUGCUUAAGUUGUCAACAUUCAGAAGGGAUAUACAAGUGUAAUCCUGUGUGUACAACGAGCUUCAGAUAUGAGAGUAACCAAGGAAUUCUGGUACCAUUUUGUAGUGUAAGAAAUAUUUAAUAUGCACUGUUGUGAUCAUUUCAGUGAAUGGUGUGGCCUGAGCUGCGCCAUACCAGUUACAAAUACUCCAUUAUUUUCUGUGUGGUUUAGUCAAUUCUCUAAAUGCUGUUCUGUCUGUAAAUGUAAGAAUGCCUGAUAGUAACAAUUGCAUGCAUGAAUUCAACAGCCAGUUCAACUCUGUGCAACUAAAUAGUAAAACAUGUACAAUAGCAUUGUCUUUACUGGGAUAUUUUCUGUUUUUAGAACAUAGCACAGCAAGGCAGUUUUGCAUUAGACAGUCACUUUUUAAUAAUCCCCUUAAAUAUCCUCUCAUAAAAGUGAUGACCAGUGUGCCUUAGUAUGUUUAUAAUGUGUCGUAGUGUCUGCUAAUUUUUUUUGCCUACAAACCACAAAAUGAGAUGCCAAAGAGAAUAGUGGGUUUAUGUAAAAGUGUUUGCCAUAGGAAAUGGGUAUUGGUACACGGAGGAUGCAGUCUACAAGUAGAACCUCUGAGGAUCAUCUUGUUUUCAAGGCAAAUUAUAUCAGCUUCUAGCAAAGGUGUCAAGUUUGCUUCAAGAAGGUUCAUGCUUUUUCUGUAUUUAAAAUUAUUGAAUGUUUUCAUUGGAGGCUCUCCGGCAACCUACUUUUUAUCAAGAUAGCUCUCCAGCAACCUACUUUUUAUUAAGAUAGCUUUCCACUGCUAGUUAUUUACAUCCCUAACUAAAAUAGCCUGGGAAACCCAUGGAAAUAAAAUCCAUUAUUUCCUAUUAGAGCUUAUUUAUUUUCACUAGCCACAAAAGAGCUGGGCAAAAAAUGCACAUGCUAUAGGUUUCAAAACCAUUAACCAAGCAUUAUAGAUGGAAGUGAGAGAAAUAAAUGCUUAUUGAAUAAGGUUAAAUUUGUUUCUUCAGUAUCCACAAAGACUGACAAUGAAGAGACGCUACUGAAAUGGAUUUAAGAAAUGCAAUUCCAACUCUUGUCUGAGGCAGCUGUUGUUUCCAAGGUCAUUGCUAUUCUGAAAGAUGGCACAACUGGUGUUUUCCAGUAAAAGAGAACCUAGAUGUUUAUAUAAUGCUGUUAGUAUACAGGGUGCUACAUAAUGGGUAGGAUGAAUCAAAUAAAGAAUAGAGUGCCUUAAAACCCUGCCUAUAGGCAUGACCAAAUUUAGAGCAGAUCCCAAGGCAUAUCAUGCUUGGUUGACAUAUCAGUAAAGUUCAAAAACAGUUUUCAUUUUAAGAUAUUACAAGAUCAACGAUAAAUGUAUGCCAAUGCUCAAAACUCCAUAUUAUCGUAUACACAUUAGGGAAGUUCUAGACUCUUUUUUAUUUUUUGCUUAUGCCAGUGGUUCUCGACCUAUUUACAAUUGUAGGUUACAUAUGUGACCUAAGGAUAUCAUAUGAGCUGCAACACUAGAUGACUGGACUGUAGGUAGUCUGUGGGCUGUGGAUUGUGAACCACUAGCUUAUGCAGAAAGAAAGAAAGAACUGUGCAGAUUUCUUGUUAAUUAAAUGUCCUUAAAUCUUGGCUGGAAAUCCUCCAGAAAAGGAAGCUGCUUGCAGUAGGUCAAGCAAUUGAUCAUUUACCAUUUUUUAGAUGCAGUUUGUCUGCACAGAAUUUUGUAGUGAGCCUCCCAGCCUCAGUGGACAGACUAGGACUUGUGCUAAACUCUAAAAAUAGGCAGUGUUUUGAAGCUGUGGCACGGGCUGGAUCUCAAAUGCUAAAGUCUAGGAAUUGGGGCAGGGGUAGACAAACCUGCUCAUGGAGACCCAGCAACAGCCUUGGUGGAUCAGGGUGGGUGCUAGUCAGAAUUUUGGGGGCGAGGGUGGCUGUUCAAAAUAUAGCUCCGAAGUUAAGCAUGGGCCUGCCCCCAGCACCUCCAUGGAACCUGGGCUCAUUUUUUUUCUUGACUGCCUCCAAGCGGGCAUUCUUGGUGGCAUGCAGUGAGUAUAUCUUUAGUAAAAACACAAAUUGUUGCAUCUGUGUUUUCCUUUUAUUCAACAGUCAACACUUUUGAGCCAAUCAAUUUGCAUGGGUUUGGGGAGCAGACUCUGGGAUGAAUGCAGGUGAUUAUGUAACCCA